AUGUUCGGACUAAUCGAAGCCCAGAAGAAACGGCAACCACAGAAAACACAGCUCCCGCCGGAACCUCGCGAACUGGUUGUGAAAUUGGACGAUGGGCUGUGUUUUGAUGAAUUCGGCCGUGCUGUCACAAGUCUUCUCGAAGAUCUUCUAUACAGGACGUCACACAUCGAGCAACCUGUCAGGCGUCUGGACAUCUUGAGAGAAAAAUUGACCCCGCGGAACAGAGCUCAAUUCGAGCGUCUAGAGAAAGUCCUGGAAUCGAUCGAGCGACUCGCCUCCUCCGGAACCUUGGCUGAGGUCGUCCUGGUGCAGGGCUCGACAAUUUCGCUGGCCCAAUACGUAACGCACAUCAGAUUGCAAGCCGCCCGAUGGAAUGACAACACGAAUCGCCAUCAGGACGCUCUGAAACUUUCCAAACUCAACUUAUUUCGAGCUGUCGCUUCUGUCGACGACAUCCUCGCGCCGACGAACGGCCCUCGCUCGGCGAAGUGCUUUCUGUUCGUGAAAGUCGUCUCUCAGUGCUCCUCGGAGGCGACGUCGAUCGAGGGCUUCGAGAUACGACCGACCUUGCCCCCGAGCCGCGCAAAAUGCCGGACAAUAUUCAAUUUGUGUCAGUCGACCGAAAUUCCGAAGGACGAGAGCGGAGCCGAAACCGACAACGAACAGAGUGAUUCUCCAGCCGGCGUUUGGUAUCAACUCGCUCAGAAUUUGCCCUCUGUUUCGAUCUCAUCGUCGUGAUCACGGCUACGGCUCAAAACCAGGUGUCGAAUUCGGAUCGUCGGAAGACAUAGGAAAGGCUCAUACGAGGAGCGCACGCGGCAUUGAUCUCAAAGCAAAGAAUCGCCAGUUUUGUAAUUAUGCAUUGAUGGCUGCAUGAGUUCCAAACUGAUGUAUGUUGCUCGCUCGCCAUUGUAGACGUCUAUUGGAUCUGCGAGAAACCUUGUGGAGCGUCUUGUCGCGUUUCGACUGUGAAGCUUACAAUGCAGCUCGGAACUCCGUGUACCUUAUGUAUUUUUGUGAUCAGUACCUAGUGGACGAGGACGGAGGUGAUGA